UCUGCAAAGGUGUGUAAUAUCCAUCCCAUAGACACAAUUUCAUGCACCGUUACAUUGUAUAAUUUUUGGACAAGGAGUUGCACGGUGGACAAUUGGACCUAAUGUAUCUCGGCACAUUAGUGCGUCUGAUUUGUUGUUAGCUGGGGACUUCCGACAUUUUUUUUCCGCGCAUCGGGACGUAAAACUAAGCGCCCUGGAGACUGGAGCGCACCGCCUCAAAUAGUCUAUGACCCAUGCAGAGCAUACAAAGCCCGAAGUAGGCUACCACUCGCUGUCAGGACUACUGUUUGUGUUGAUGUCAUCGGCGGCCGUGUUCGAACCGGAGCGUCCCACGAUUUCUCGUCAGGAUUACUAGAAUAACAAAAAUAUAUCGCACAAUAAUAGUCGUGUUUUUGGCCAACAGUGAAUAUGGGAGUUCUGGCGCACUGUGUUAUUAUUUUUAUAUUCCAGCAUUUGACGUCAUCUUAUGAUUUUAAAGAAGGACUAUAUAACAGCGGCCAGUAUGAAUUUGUGAAAGAUCCCAGUUUGAAUAUCGAAAAGAGAUCACCAGAUUUAGAUCCGUUUGAUUCUGAAUCAUCCGACCACAUUAGGAGCAGAAGAAGUGCGGAUCAAGGAGACUGUAACCGUCUCCAGGGAUUCGACACCAAGUUGACUAACAACACCCAAACCUAUUCCUUCAAUGACCUGAGUGGGUCCGUGUCACUGGCCUGGGUUGGAGACGCCACCGGGGUCAUCCUGGCUCUGACAACAUUCCAGGUGCCGUUCUUCAUGUUGCGGUUCGGUCAGUCUAAACUCUAUCGAAGUGAGAACUACGGGAAGUCGUUCCAGGAUGUCACUAACCUCAUCAACAACACUUUCAUCCGGACAGAGUUCGGCAUCGCCAUCGGACCAGAGAACUCUGGGAAGGUGAUCCUGACAGGUGACGUGUCUGGCAGCCUGGGAUCUCGUAUCUUUAUCUCCAGAGACUUUGGGAACAGCUUUGAGCAGCAGGACCUUCCUUUCAACCCCCUGAUGCAGAUCAUAUACAACCCCAUAGACGCCAACGUUCUCCUGGUCAUCAGCAACACUAAUGAACUCUGGCUGUCUGAGGACUUUGGGGAGAAGUGGAGGAAGAUCCACGACAUGGUGUGUCUGGCCAAAUGGGGGAUGGACAGUAACCUAUUCUUUACCACCAACCUCAAUGGAUCCUGCAAUGAAAGGGGGAUGCUCGACUUGAGAAAGACGGCAGACUACGGGAAGACCAUCAAGACUGUUGCCAUUAAAAUCUUCUCUUUCGGCCUGGGGGGAAAGUUCCUGUUUGCUUCUGUUAUGACUGGAACUGGCACUCUGAGGAUGAUCCAUGUGUCGACUAACCAGGGGGAGGAUUGGAACAUGGCUCAGCUGCCUCCGGUUGGCCACGAGGAGUUCUAUUCUAUCUUGUCAGCCAAUGACGACAUGGUGUUCAUGCACGUGGAUGAGCCAGGAGACACGGGCUACGGCAGCAUCUACGUGUCAGACGACAGGGGUACGGUGUACUCUAAGUCUCUGGAGCGUCACCUCUACACCACCACAGGGGGAGACACCGACUUCACCAACGUUACCUCUCUACGAGGGGUCUUCAUCACCAGCAUACUGGCAGAGGACGGCUCGGUGCAGUCCGUGGUGUCCUUCGACCAGGGAGGGGAAUGGGUGCCCCUGCAGAAGCCUGCCAACACCAAGUGUGACUCCACAGCCAAAGACCCCGACAAGUGCAGUCUCCACAUCCACGCAGCUUACAGCACGGCUAUGAAGCUGAACGUCCCCAUGCUGCCUCUCAGUGAACCAAACGCUGUAGGACUCAUCAUGGCGCACGGGAGUGUGGGCGAUGCCAUCUCUGUGAUGAAGCCUGACGUGUUCGUGUCAGAUGAUGGAGGUUACACCUGGCUACAGGCCCUGGAGGGACCUCACCACUAUGCCAUCCUGGACUCUGGUGGACUCCUGGUGGCCGUGGAGCACUCUGCUCAGCCCAUCAAAGACAUCAAGUUUUCCACUGACGAGGGCCAGUGCUGGCACGUUCACCAGUUCACCAGCGAUCCCAUCCACUUCACAGGGCUAGCGUCGGAGCCGGGGGCGAGGUCUAUGAACGUCAGUGUCUGGGGCUACAGAGACUCUCUGCUCAGUCAGUACUGGGUAUCAGUCACCAUCGACUUCAGAGAGCUGCUCACGAGAGACUGUGAGGACCAAGACUACGUGCAGUGGCUGGCGCACUCUGAUGACAUCAGCGACCCUAACGACGGCUGUAUGCUGGGUUACAAGGAGAAGUUCCUGCGUCUGAGGAAGGCCUCUGUCUGCUUGAACGGACGGGACUACGAGGUCGACAAGCAACCCGCCCCUUGUCUCUGCACCCUGGACGACUUUCUGUGUGACUUUGGGUACUAUCGUAAAGAGAACAGCUCCGAGUGUGUGGAGCAGCCGGACCUGAAGGGCCACGUUCUGGAGUUCUGUCUGCAAGGCAAGAAGGAGCUGCUGCAGACCAGAGGCUAUAGGAAGAUCCCUGGGGAUAAGUGUGAGGGAGGAACACAGCCGGAAAGAAAAGAGAUCGACCUCAGUAAGAGGUGUGUCAAUGACCUACUGGGACCUCAGGAACUACUGACGGGCGGCCAUCUGUCCAGCUCAGCGGCCAUCGUAGUGACGGUUCUGAUCAUUGUCCUGCUCAGUGUCGUGGCCGGGUUCCUCUUUGUCAAGAAGUACGUCUGCGGUGGAAGGUUCCUGGUACACAGGUACUCUGUCCUACAGCAGCAUGCUGAGGCCCAGGGAGACGGAGUCGACGAGCCAUUAGACAGCAACCACACUCGGGCUAGCAACAAGACCGGCUUACACGAUUCAGACGAGGAUCUUCUGGAGUAACAGGUGGCAUUUUCAGCUACCAGGAGGAACCCCUAGCCUCCUGUCUCUCCUUUACAACCUAGAAGCUCCUGCAGCUACCAGGGGAAUCUAGUCUCCUGUCUGUCCUUAGGCUCACUGCUCUAUAUUGAAGAACAAGUUUGUCCUAUGUGUACACCGAGGCUCGCUGCUGCUCUCUCUUCUUCACUUCCUGUUACUUCCUCCUUCUCCCCUCCACCAUGACCCUUUAACUCUUAACCCCUGACCUUACAUCGCCUGGUGGAGAGUCCUUCUAACGCAGCUCUCAUCAGUGAGGUAUCCAAUGAGGCUUUCUGUUCUGAGUGAAACACACAUACAGAGUUCAGCAGGAGAGCAACGGGGGCCAGUAAGUAGUGUUGUUGUGGUUGAUUUUAGAAUGUAUUCUACCAAGUUCCUUUGGGAACAAUUGAGUGAUGGAAUGUGGUGGUUCUGGACUACUGGUGAACAUUUAAAUAAUGGACCUCUGGAACUGCUGUGUAGAAGCUGUUUUUAUCAUCAUCAGCAUCUUCUCUUAACAACAUAAAGCAAUCUUUUUUUCAACCAAGUGAACAUAAACAACAUUACGGGUUAUACACGCUUGGGACUGGGGCUCUUGGGAAUAUUACGUAUACGCUUCUAAUGAAGACUUCCUGUUUCCCCCCCUACACAGCUUUCCUUUUUUCAUUGAUGUGACAGAGUCAGGGACAUGGUACAUGGGUUGCUGUUGGGUACUGUGGCUUGGAAUAAUUAUUUGUAAGUAUUUUGCCUAAGUAAUAAGAUGCAAGUGGAAAUAUUUAUAAGCAUUUAAAGUUGGAUAGCAAUAACAUGUUUUUAGAUCCACUGUAUCAACACUAAGCUUUCAUAGCAGGAGUGAAUGUCCUCCAAACUAGACUGAACUAAAGUGACGUAUCCUAACCUGAGAAAUGUGUACCUGACUCAAACUUUCACCUCCUAAAUCAUGCAUUUCAAUGGGGUAAUACAAAUGUGUUGCGUGCAUGUAUUUCAAAUUAUAAUUUGGCUGUGGAACACUGUCCUUUUUUGUUGUUGUAUUUGAAAACUGUCUGUUUUAGUUAGUCAGAGGGAGAAAAUCUAGUGUACAAAUAGCUAUUGGCCUUACGCCUCUUCAUUUCUCAAUAAAAUAAUUCUUACUUGUGUUUUAA